GUGUGAGAGGGCUCUCGCUAACUCGACAGCCUGACACAUAGCAAGACAGCUCGUACUACCGUCUGAGUUGCAGCAAACUGAUCCUGUGCUGCUUUUGGCAUUAGCACACGGCCUUGCAGUUGCUCAAACUGACUGAAAAUGCUGUCCUACAUCAUCGGUCUGAUUCGAGGCGGCUUUGAUAGCAUCAUCAACCUGAUCUUCAGACUUUUCUUCUCAAAGAGGAGACCGGCCAUCACCUUAGAGGACCCAAACAUUAAAUAUGCACUGCGGCUGAUAGACAAACAGAUUGUCAGUCAUGACACAAGGAAGUUUCGUUUUGCCCUGCCUUCCCCUGAACACGUCCUCGGUCUCCCUAUCGGCCAGCAUAUCUAUUUGUCUGCUAAAACAGACGGGAAGCUGGUCGUGCGUCCGUAUACGCCCGUGUCCAGCGAUGACGACAAAGGCUUUGUGGACUUGGUGGUGAAGGUUUACUUUAAAGACGUCCAUCCUAAAUUCCCAGAGGGCGGGAAGAUGAGUCAGUACUUGGAGAGCCUCAAGAUCAACGACACUAUUGACUUCAGAGGACCCAGUGGGCUUUUUGUGUACAAGGGCAAAGGUGUUUUUGCCAUUCAGCCCGAUAAAAAGUCCCCAGCUGAGACCAAGACCACCAAACACCUGGGCAUGAUUGCAGGAGGGACAGGCAUCACUCCCAUGUUGCAGAUCAUCACAGCUGUGAUGAAGGAUCCUCAGGACCAGACGGUUUGUCACCUGCUGUUCGCCAACCAGACUGAGAAAGACAUCCUGUUGAGACCAGAGCUGGAAGAGAUCCAAGUCAACCACCCAGACCGGUUCAAGCUGUGGUUCACCCUGGACAGAGCACCUGAAGACUGGGAGUACAGCCAAGGCUUCAUCAGUGAAGACAUGGUGACGGAACACCUGCCGCCUCCCGGGGACGACACCUUCAUCCUGAUGUGUGGACCUCCGCCUAUGAUCCAGUUCGCCUGCCACCCAAACCUGGACAAAGUGGGCCACUCCAGCAGCCGCAGGUUCGCCUUCUAGAUGUGCGUCCAAACCACAGAGUCGAGGUUUGCACGUAUCAGAGCGUCCAGUUAUUAUGCCCUCUACCCUGACAGCAUUAAGGCACUCAGUUGCAUUGGGUAUUGCACUAUGUAUACCAUAUUUAUGCCAUGAUAUUCAUCAUGCAACAGAAUCACAGCACGGACCACGUGACGUUAUCAGGAAGAGGUGAAGAUCUGAGCUCGUUUAGGACUGAGAAGUACCGUAGUUGUUUUCAGCUUGUUUGCUUUACAAAGGAAUGUGAUUCCAAAUCUGUUGCGAACAAACCCUGCUGUCGCCUCAGUUCGCUUUCAGUAUGGGAGGAGUUGAGGUUUGCUGGCUGUUUUCUGAGUGCCUUAACACUUGCAAAGCUUUUUUUUUAUGCACAGUUGAAGAAUUGUGACCACUUGUUUGAUUUAUAGCAAACGGCAUCAGUUAUCCAAUUAUUGCUGUUGAGAAUAUGUUACAGAGCUACAUGGCCUUCUGUCUAUCGUCGCGUCAAAGAUGUCGAUAUUUUGCUAAAAUAUAUUACGUGUUGCUUACUGAUGUGACGUCUUUGCUCCGAGUCUGGUAACAGUGGCUACAUGUGUUUGGAUAUGCAAUAUAAAGAGCAACUGCUACCGAAA